UGAGGAUCUAUCCGCCACAUUCCUCUUUGCUCAAGCUCAGAUGCAGUCAGCCCUCGACUGCUGCACCCCUGGAAUCCUCACCCUCCUCUUCCCCGAUCCAUCACCGCUGUCUCCCCGAUGCCACUCCGUCAACCCGCUUCCCCGCUCUCCUUGGAAACAAUCUCGCCUUCCCCGCCAGACCUCGACUCCGAUCCUCUUAUCGCUUCCGACGAUGAUCUAGAAGAAGGCGACCGGGCUGCUCGGGAUCAGCGCAUAGAGAAGCUGGCCCAGGCCUAUUGCCAUGGCACCCCACUUUUCAUCUUGUCCGCUUCACUUCGCGGACCCUUCGACAACGGAUGGACCAACCCCUGGAGGAAAGACAGGCAAAAGACUGGUGGCCAUAUACGGACAGGAGGGAAGCAUUUGGAACAUCCGGAAAGACCUAUUAUCCCAGAGACAGUGCCGCAGAAACGGCCCCUAUACCGCGAAUCGCUAGGCAUAUCUCGCUCGAAGUCUGCUGUUCCUCUUUCCGACCCAUCAUAUUCCACGAAGAAAAGAGAGUCUCAAGCUGGCACUACGGGUGAACGGUCGGCCAAACGGCCACGAGAUAGCCGUGGUCGGACAUCAAGCUCGAACAAUACACCAAAGCCAGUCGCACUGCACAAGAGGACAAUUGAGACCAGUGGACACUCGGAUGCGUUGACCCCAUUCCAGCAUACAGAGCAAAGCUGGCUGAAGAGGGACCGUGCAGAGAUCAACUUCCGGAAAGUUGAUCCACCCACUUCUCCUACAACUACGAUAUCGUCUCGAUAUCGGGAAGGAGGGCAUUACACAAUACAAGUUCCGGGCACAGAUUAUCGAGUCACAACGAAGAAUUUAAUAAAAGCUCGUACAGGCUCUCGAGACGAGACUACCUUUGACAGUCGUGUGCCGGACAGUGUCAAAGCUCAACUCACCAACAGACAUCCUGGGGUCCGACUAGAGACGGAGGAUCAUGAGAACUCAAUUUGUGUACUCUCGUCAACUUCCCACCUAUCCAAGUUUGAAUUCCGUCGUAGGAAACGCUCCGCUGAUCCGGAACAUGGCACCACCUCGCCAGUCCCGGUGCACGCGGAUGAACAGAUCUCUCACCAGACAACUGUUGUCGAAGACAGCCGGGUCUCAAGUCAGCCCGCACCAGUACCUCCAAACACAACUUCAAUGCAGGCCGUUGAAGCCGAUGUGCAUAUGAGCGAAGACAAUCCGCAUAAUCCAAUCGUAUCCGACCGUUCUGGUACUGUUGAUCACCCGGGAAACUCUCAGUCACGGAAAGUAUCAUCAACCACCACCGCUGAAGGUGUCAAUAUCAGCGAUAAAUACCCCUCUGCCCAGCGAGUGCCGGCAAAUCCAGCUCUGGCUGAAAAUGUCACCUCACUGCAAACGAUCUCCGCGGCGAAGCCCAAUUCAGAAUGCGAUAACGACACCAUUCCGGACCCACAGUUCAACACACAGGCAGCGCUCUUCCACGCGCAGAAAUCCUUCCAAAAUGAUCUGGAAAGCCAAGUUCCCAACCCAGGAGAAACUCACAACCAACCUUCAUCACCCGCCAACGACAUUACCCCCUUCCAUCGAAUGAAUACCAGCAGAGUUGGUAAAUACUCCCGAGCAAGACCCCCAGGAACUGCACAUAUGCCGAUGAGCACUCAAUGCAUCAUCGACGCCGUCACGCCCUUCACCUUUAGCACAGAAAAGAAAGCCAGGUCUCGAUUCAUUUCUCCCCAGAUGCCAUCGUCGAGUAGGAUAGAUCGGGGGACUGCCACCCCUAACACAGGCUCACCAUCAUCCUCGGAAUCGGAAGACGAGGACGAGGAUGAAGACGAAGGCGAAGACCCAACCAUCCUCCCGCUCAAAUCCCCCGCUGCCCAACAACAAACCCCAGACGACACCCAACAAAGCAGCGCAUUGCCAAUAGCUUUGUCAAACUCCCAUCCUACCACCAUCCAAGACGGCCAAGGUGUCGCCCCUGGCCCGGACAGCUUCAACCUAAGCCAGGCAAUCGCCGACGCGGGGAGCUGGUUACAGCAGAGCUUCGACAUCAAUCAUGAGAUCCAGCAGUGCAAGAGCAGCGCCAAGUCGAGACCGUCGUCUUCGGCGGGAAUUAGUCGCUCGGCGGUAACGUUGGAUAGGUGA